AAUACAGUCGCUUGUACCGAACUGGAGACUAUGCAUCGGUACAAAAGGGUGGAGUUAUUCAUUAUGAGGGCCGUACUGAUUCACAGAUUAAAAUCAGAGGACACCGCGUCGACUUGAGCGAGAUUGAAAAAAAUCUCAACGAAAUUGAUGGCUUAAAGAAAGGCAUUGUUCUAUGCUAUCAUGCUGGUCAAAUGGACCAAGCCAUUUUGGCCUUUGCAUCCGUUGAUCGCUCGUCACUUUUGCAUGAAUUGCAAAUCGAAAAAAUGCUUCGGAACAAACUCCCAGAUUAUAUGACGCCUCAGGUCAUUAUCAUCGAUCAAGUACCGUUGUUGGUCAAUGGCAAAGUUGAUCGUCAAUCAUUACUGAAACUGUACGAAAACACUAACAACAACAAUGAUCCUGAGCCAUCGAUUGACUAUGAUUACACCGGUGUUGCAUCGAAUGAGAUGGAAAAGGUCAGAAUUUUCUUCCAAACUAUUGGUGAAGUUAUUGGCCGAUCAGCUCGUACAAUCAUUUCGCUGCAAAGUAACUUUUAUGAACUGGGUGGAAAUUCGUUGAAUUCGAUCUAUACCGUCGCCAAGCUUCGUGAUCGUGGCUAUUCCAUUGAAAUUACCAAAUUCAUAUCAGCAAAGAACCUGAGAGAAGCUUUGGAUCACACAAACGAAAUCGAUAUAAUUCGUGGGAACCAUCUAGUACCCGUUAAAGCAGAUUUCGUGGCCUAUCCACUUUCAGAAGAGUACAGAGCAGAAACCAUUCGCAUAAUCGCCCACAGCUUUUUGGAAAAAGCUGAAUUGGAACAGCAAAUCAAGCCCGAUAUUACCGAAGAGGCCUAUGUAGUACUGAUAAAUGAAACAUGGGAUCCGCUGAUUCAAACUGCAUUUAGUUUCGUAAUUGCCGAUAAAGCGAACCGUAUUGUUGGUGUUUCCUUGAGCUUCGACGCAAACAAUGAACCGCCGUGCAAUCUGGAUGGUCCACAUGGUGUGAUAUUCGAAUUUCUGGAAUCUCUUGAAACUCCAGUUAGAGAUCGUCUGCCGAGAGAUAAGCCGAUAAUGCACUCGUUUAUGAUGGGAACGCAUGAAAGUUUGAAUGCACAAGACAAUGUGGUGGCAAUGACCUUCAUGGAAUCGGAGGUGAUUCGUGUGGCCAAAGAAAAAGGUUGUUGUGGCAUUUUGACCACCAACACAAACGCCUUGACACAACAACUGGCUCGAGAUGUUUUUGGCUAUGAAACCUUGUCCGAUACUCAGAUCAAUACAUUCAUGAUCGAUGGUAGAAAGCCAUUUGGAAAUGCACCAGACGAUUAUAGAGCGAUAGUUCAGUGGAAAAAAUUGUAACUUUUUCAGCUGUUGUGAUAUUUAAAAUUCUUCGUAGUUGUUACUUUGGAUUAGGUUAUGAAUGAAGAUUACAUUAUCGAUUACUCAUGUUAGGAAUUUGUUGCGCACAGUUAUGGAAAUGAGCGGGAUCAAAUAAAUAACGAAACUCAAUCACGAUAAAAGGUCGCAUUCCAAUUCAAUUAUUCGGCUGAGUUGCCGAUUGCUCAUGUUUGAAUUAACAAAAAAUAAAAGCGCAUUCAAAUAUUUCCAUUUUCAUCAAUAAAGAUGUGACUAAAGUCUUGGUCAAAGUGUCUACAAUUAUUGGUUUAUUUGCUUCAUUUUGGUGAAUUUACACGAUUAAGAACUAAAAAUUAACAACAGACAGUCGCGCGACUGACUCAGAUCAUCUUCGUGAAAUAUACAUUAUAUCCAACUCAAGCAAUUAUCUUUCGCACCGUUUCUUUGGUAGCAUCUCUAGGUAUUUACCCUGACGAAACCACUUGAACUCAGCGGUUUGUGCCAAUAAUCAUACGUAUGAACCAGUCGAUAUAAAGUUUUAGCAUGUUAGAAACUAAUGUAUAAGAAAACAUAAUCGUUGGCUACUUUUUUGCUCAAUAUUUCAUUAUUGAAUUUAUAUUUCAUGGAUACAAUUUACUAUAUGAUUGGAAACUAAAUAAAAAUUGAGAGAAAAUUAAAAAA